AUGGCGACGCCAAAGCGACGCAAGGUUGAGACGUCUGAGGGCUCAAGACCAAUGAGCGCUUUUGCUUUGAGGCAACAGCUACUUUCAGCCGGUCCGUCUUUGUCGCCAGCGCCUCAGCCUGAUUCUCAAUCAGCCCAAGAGUCCCAAGCAUCAGCGCCGAAGCCCACCUCCAAGAGGCAGCCCCCCGUAAAGACAAGAUCAUCAAAAAGGCUUGCAGACACCGAGAAGGCGUCAGAACCUCUCCAAGAAGCAGCCAUUUCAAGCUUCAGUCAUAGUAAAAUCUCAGACAGUCAAAAUGUAACGCAGGCAGUAGAUAUGACCACCGCGCUAAAAUCAGGAAAGUCUGGCCCUCAACAAUUCUCGACUUUCAGGCCAACAAAAAGCAACUCCCGCAAGAUCGCCGGCGGGAUUCUGGAACUCAGGCUCCAUGACAGCGAGCGUUUUUUGGUGCUCGGAAGCUACGGGAUCCGGGUAGCUGACGGCGAGGUUACCAUCGCGGGUGCGAGCAUCCGGCCUAGCGAUGGCAUCAAAUGGGUACAUGCACCUCACUGCCAUGCGAUCCCUGUGCUGCGGUGUAUGGAAGAGACAAGGCUGGAGCUUCAUCCGCAUCCGCAAGGAGCCAGUCUCCGAAAACUCGAGCGACUUUCGCCCCUCUUUCGAAGUUUGUGGCACGACCCGGAGCCAAAGACGAGCAAGCAAGCCGCUAAGAGAGAUACAUACAAAAUUAUAUGCACCACGGAAGAUGCGCCGAAGCGGGCCUUGGUUCAGGACCUGCGCUCUCCUCCCGCCUGGAAUAAGAAGCUGGCGGGCUUGACGAAAGCAAGGCAGCCGGACCAACCGCCUUUGAGCGUGAUGCUCUGUGGCCCCAAAUCAUCUGGCAAGUCCACGUUUGGUCGGAUACUGGGAAACCGCCUUCUUACUGGCGCUGGCCAGCAGACGCGAAAUAGGAAAACGCCCCUAUCGGUGGUUGUGCUAGAUCUUGAUCCCGGACAACCGGAAUACACUCCCGCGGGCACUAUCGCAUUGGUCCACGUAAGAGAACCAAACCUGGGGCCGUCCUUUACCCAUAUAGCGGCAGGGGAGCAGCACGUAUCUGUGGUUAGAUGCCACUCAAUCGCCUCGGUUUCUCCCGCCUCGGAUCCAGAGCUGUAUUUGGAAUGCGCAUUGGAUCUAUACCACCGUUACCAAAGCACGUGCCAGGGGCUACCCUUGAUCAUCAACACCCCAGGUUGGGUUCUGGGGACCGGACUCGAUCUUUUGACCGAGCUGGUGUCAAACAUCAAACCCACCGAAGUCAUAUACAUGUCCGAAGACGGGCCUAAGGAGACUGUCGAGGGCCUGCAGACGGCUUGUAAGGAGACUUUCACACUUCUGCCUUCUCAGCAGUCGGAGUUUACCUCGAGAACGGCGGCACACUUGCGCUCGAUGCAGGCGCUCGCGUAUUUCCAUACUGUUAAGGAUCCUUCAAACAGACUGACAUGGAACCCGACGCCGUUGUCGUCGUCACCACCAUUGACGGUUGGCUACAAGGGCAAGAACCGCGGUGUUUUGGGUAUCAUCAGUUACGAGUACCAGCCACCGGCAGAGUUGCUUGCGGAAACGAUCAACGGUUCGAUCCUGUGUCUGGUCGAAGCCGAGGACAUCAAGGCGUUUGACCGCCUCGCUAAGGAGAGUGAGGGAGUCAUGACACGUGCACCAGGCCCUGAUGCGAUGGACGUUGACGGAAGUGCAUCGAACUUGGACAGGAUCAUCUCGAAGACGCCAGAGGGUAUCCCCUACAUCCCAAACUCUGACGCUCAAACCUUGGACCCUCGAUACUCGCAAACACUCGGCAUGGUGCUGCUUCGCGGCAUCGACACCAAAAAUGGCGUCCUACAAAUCCUCACCCCGAUUCCUUUGGAACGCAUCGUGGCUGCAAAAGAGGCAGGCCACCACUUGGUGUUGAUCCACGGCAAGCUCGACUCACCCGGCUGGGCGUACACCGAAGACCUGUACUACCAGUCUUUCAACGGCACCGAAGGUGACGUUAGGGAUGGCACGGUGGAGGUCAUGGACGAGGACACGGAGAGUGAUAGGUCAGACGAGGAGCCCGAGAACCUCGAGCUGGCCAGCGACGUCAGUGACACACCGUGGAUCGAGGUGCUGCAAGGCCACGAGAAGCGGCCGGUGGGAUCGCGUGUAUGGAGAGUACGGCGGGAUUUAGGGCGGGCCGGGCCGGGAGCUGAAUGA